CCUUUGUUGCUAAGGCCUCAUCAACAGAGAGAGGAGUAGGGUAUGCUAUAUAUUGGUGAAGGAUUUGACAGCUGAAGCGCUGUAAAAUCUCAAUAAUUUGGUUAUUUUCUAGAUAAAACAAAAUGACAUCACAAGUUAAGCUACCCGAUGUACAAAUGCAAGGCAUUUAUUCUGGAAAAUUUAAAGACUGGAGUCCAUCUAUAGCCCCCGCUGGUAAAUUGACAUCUUGUGGGGACACGGCUAUUCAAUGUUUGAAGCCAAAAGAUGACAGACCACCAUCUCCAAGUGUUAUCAGAAAGUUCAGAGCAACAGUCAGGCCAGAUGCUGGACAGAUGAGAGUUUUCUAUGGUAAAGCUGGAGACCCCCACCAGCAGUGGGCAGAAAACAUGACCCAUGGCAUCAACACAAUGCCAUCAGAUUCCUCAGGGGCUAUUGUUAAUCCCCCUUAUAAAACCCUAUUUCAACAGAGAUUAGUGGACAGAAAAGAGCGACUUUAUUCCUCUCAUCAGCGAGCUCCUCUUGGGAAGUCACAUGACCAGUCUACUGGUCUCCCCAGAGGCCUCAACAGAGACACCUUCACCUUUGGUGUACCUACAGAACUUGAUAUUGGAGCUGGUGGCUUGAUAAAUCCAAACAAGACUUAUGCUGAGGUUGAGCAAGAAUCAGCAGUGGGACAUGAGCUCUAUAGAAGGUCACACACUGAGUUUGAUGUGGGAGAGAGGCACAAUCGUAAUUACAGUGCAAAGUAUGAUCCUAACUCUAAGUUUGGUAUUCCUACUCCUCACCACAAUGAUGGCCUGAUGGUAAAAACUACAAUGAAGUGGCAAUAUGAAACACAACAGGAAAAAGCCAGUAAAGUUGUUUCCAAGAGGGUGGAUGAUUUCAGGGAGAGAACUCAACCUCAGCUUGGACAGGUCCAUGAUCCGAUCAAGGACACCUUAACUGUUCCCUCUGACCACACAUUUGGAAUUUUGGUCAAACCUGAUGAGUAUGGAGCAGGAGAUUUGAUGCACCAGCGGGCACCAGGCGAGUACCUCCGGGGUAAGGACAGACAAAGGGGAGUUCUGGCUGCCAUCAGACAACACCUGAAGAAAGCCAACUAUCACAACUUUGAUGAUUUAGUCCAGGCAUUCAAAUUCUAUGAUAAGGACAACAAGGGUAAAAUAGAUAUCCAUGAUCUGAGAGAGGCUUGCUUACAAUAUCACCUCCCUGUGGAGCCAGAACUUUUGGAACAGCUAUUAUACUACUGUGAUUCAAACAAAGAUGGCUUUAUCAACUAUUUAGAAUUUGCCAACUUCCUUAACUGGAAAGACAAGAUGAAAUCAGGUUUCCCAGAAAAGACAGAGCUGGAGAAACAAGCAGAGACGAGGAGAUCUAGUUCUAGAGCUUCAUCCCGGGCGGAGACUACUCUUGAUCUGACUGAGCCUUCAGACCUCCAGCCCAAAUCUCCCCAGAGUGCUGAGAGUACCCCUAGAGUUCUACAGAAACAAAUAGACAAAGCCAUUGGGGAUCAUCGAACUCAGAGCAGCAUGAUCAAUGCUGUGGUUGGUGGCGUAUCCACACAAGGAUAUAGAACCUAUGGUGUCCCAACCAUCAGGACAGAUUUGCGUGCUCCCAGAAUCAAGAGAGUGUGUGACACCAAGAAUUACGGAGAUGAGUCGGAUGCUUAUGGCCUAGUUAAUCCCUCUAUCUUCAGUCGGAGAGGAGUCCAUGAAAAAGAUUUCUUACUGCCUAGAAGUAAAGAAGAGAUUAGGGAUAUCUUUGCCAAUGUUGGCACUUUGAUGACGGGGGAUACCUUUGAGGAGCUGUAUAGGACUGCUGCGGCCCAGCACCCUAAGGGACAUGUCAGUGUAGAGUCAUUCCGGGGGGUGCUGGACGAUGUCCAGGCUCAGAAAAUAAUCACAAAAGAACACCCACUGGCAGUGUGAUGAACAUUUAUAGUACGUGUACAAUCAUUAACAAGGGGAGCGAAAGAGGAAAAGGGGGAGGGGUGCAAAUUAAAAUUGCAAAAAAGAGCAACAGGUCAUUUAAUAAGCUAUAAAUAUUAAGUUUUCUCUGUUUUUAUGUAAAUAAGAAGUACAAAUGAUCUGUAUAUGUAGGAAAUUGUGAGUAUUUCUUGAAAAUCAAACAGAAUGAACAGCAUUGAAAAUAGAAUUUCCUAAGAUUGCAUCGUCCCUGUGAUAAUUAAUUCUACCCAUCAUCCAUACUGUAAUUCAUAUCAUUUCAGUGGUAAAUGUUUUGAGUGCUUACAUCAUAUGAAAGUUUUUAAAUAUUGUAUUUCCUUGAUACAAUAAAUGUUUAGUUUUAAUACUGGUCAUCUGAGCAUCCUUCU